AUGGUGUCGCCUGCGAGACGCGUGCUCGGUGACAGAGACCCCAACGCGCUCUUGCAUCAGCAACCCUCAAAGGUGUCAAACAGAGCCUUGCCACCCGCCAGUCCUGUCGCGCAACGAAGCUCUGCAAAGCGUCCUCUUCCCUUGGAGCACUCCCCAUCAGUUAGUCCUCGCGUUGGCCAGAAACGGAAGAUUGGAGCGGUACACGAUCAAGAACAAGCAGGGUCCCAAGAUACAGUGGUUACGGCCGCCCCUCUGUCGCCAACCACGAAGCUACUGAGCGACACACGGUCUGAAAAUGAAGACGUGCCAAUCUCGAUGGCCCAGAGCAGGUCGACACUGGACACUCUCCUUACCUCUUUCCGUGCAUCACAGGAAGAAUCGUCUCAAAUGGAGAGCGAAUUCCACAUCCACGACGAGCCGAGCCAGCAGACCUUGGAUAAGAUGCACGCCGUCACAUUCACUCAAAGUACACCUCAACUUGUCCCACCUCUGCGCCCGAACCUGGCCAAAGAAGCCUCUCAGAUCAGCUUAAGCAUGUCCAGCCUGAUCGACUUCGACAACAACCGCUCGUCGGAAGAUGAAGACAUGCAAAUGAUAGAAGAGCCCGAAACGGCCAAGGACCAAAAGCCCAAGACGGAGAAGGACGCCAGGAAGAAGAUGAUGCUCGAGAAAGCUGAAACGCUGCGGACUCGACUACAGCUCGCCCUCUACAAAAUUCAAACCAACCAGAUUACAAGACCAUUCGCGCGUCUUCAAGUUCCCAAAGUCACAUCUCCCCCUCCGCAGCUCACUAGGUCAUCUUCGUCCUCAAGAUCUUCGUCGACUGUGGGACCGAGCCCUGGACCAGAGAACGCAGCCGCGCAAGAGACACGAGUUGCCAUGGCCCGAGCUAGCGCGACCAUGGGUCCCAGACCGACUGUUAAGUGUCUCUCAAGCUUGCCAAUGCCAGAGAUAAUCCCAACAGCCUUCUCCGCGAGAUGGAAUCAUGAAGUCGAGCCACAGCAAGAGAGUCAGAGCCGCGAGGUGCACCCGCUGCCCAAGAUCGCCAGCAGUCCUCCUGUCUUGCAGGCAGACUACUCGGCGGGACACUUGACCGUGAGAGCGACCCAUCAAGACACCGAGCCUAGCACGCCCCUGCAGCUGUCCAGACCGGCGCCUAGUGGACACGGAGAUGAUGUUGAAGGGGACUCUGACCCCCGACGGAAGCAACUCCGAGGCGUCGGUCUCACUAGCAGUGUGAUCAAGGGAGAAGCUGCAAACAGCCUGCUCGAGCUUGUUCGAGGCCCAGCAAAUCUUUCAGAUUCUCUCGCCAUUAGCCACACGUCUACGUAUUUUCCGAAAAUCCACGACCGCCGACAUCUUGGAUACAAAGAACCCAUGGCGCAGUCCACAAGCCAACCGUCGCCAGCCCCCAACGGCGUCACGGAGCACAACUACAAGACCGACCCGUGCCGCAAAGUCGAAGUCGACCAGUCCGCCGCUUCCUCAGACCAUCUUGGAAUGUCAACAUUCGGACCUACUGCUCCCGCCCCCCGAACCGGUAACGCCCAGGUGUUUUUCCACUUGGGCCACACGGGCCUCGAGGUCGUGCCCAAGCCGUUCCCGGUGUGCAUCUCGCCCGGCAAGGGCGUCAUUGUCAGAGAAGGCCAUUUGCACGGGCCGUGGACGUGUGUUCGACAGCCGUAUCACAGCGACAUCGAUCGCUUCUGCCAUGAGGACAACGACAGCGACAAAAUACCACGAACAGUCACAUUCCCCGCUGAACCCAUCGCCGGUAUGCCCGAGCACAAGAUCCGGAUCGUGGGCUCGCGGGUGAUCGAGUUCUCAGUGCUCGAAGCCGCAGUGGAGCCAGCUCGCUUCGUGCGACUCCAAGUGAAGGCCCUGAUCGCCGCGGCAAACGACGAGUUCUGUCCCACGGGUGACACCGUUGGCGUGCCUAUUUGGAUCGGCGUCGACGAGGGCAGCCCCGAGAAUAUCUUUCGCGCGGUGCAUGGGACACACGGGGACGCGGCUUGGGAGGUCAGGUGUCAUGGCGGAGCUGUUGUGAGGUUCUAG